GAGAUUAUUAUCAACUCUGUGAAACAACUGAGGUAAAAGUAAUAAUUCAAGACAUUAACAUGUUUAUUGAAUGGAUUGUGGAUUCGCUUAAGUCAUUAAAUGAUAAUACAUUUGUGGAGUUUGUUAAUAAUAUGAUUAGGGUAUUUGAACCAUUCAUGGAUGAGAUUUUUAGAAAUGAUAAAAUUCUUGAGGUACUUGGGGCAAUAAGAGAUUUUGUCAAUGUUGUGUUAUUAUCUGUUCGAGACCUUUCAGAACACUUAAGAGAAAUCAAAGUAGCUGAAGUUUUUAAAACUCUACUGGAUAUCUUUGAUGAGGUUGUGCUUAAUACUCUUAAGAGAGUUCCCCAACUUGUCAAAGACAAAAUUACAAGCCUUGAUAUCCCAACUCAGCUUCACAUCCCCGAGUUCACUAUCUUUGGGUUACACACUGUUGAAGCCACCACAAUCUCAAUUGAUGACAUCAAGCAGAGAAUUAUUAAACUUAUUGAUUUAAUUGUAAACUUUAAGAUUAGCAUGUUUGACAUGGAUGCUUUCUUUGGAGAUUUGUCGAUGAACUACUUUCCUUCCAUCCCUGAAGUAACCCUCCCAGAGAUCACUUUUUCUCAGAACUCAUUCCUCCAAAUUCCAGAAGUUCCUACAGAAAAACUUGUCAAGUUUCUUCAAGUCCCUGAAAUAAGCUUGCCAACCAUUCCAACUGAAAUUGUGGUCCCAUCUUUCGGUAAACUCUUUGGUGAACUCAAACUCCAGACUCCCAUCUACACAAUGGAGACAUCUGCUGAGUUUAAGAAGGCAACUGAGAAUGCAAUGACGCCUCAGUUCAAGGGAUUUUUCACUUCCAUUGGAAACUCUCCAAAUUUUGAAAUUCUCAAUUACAAACUAGAUUCCACUGCUCGCAUUGCAAUCCCAAAAAUGAGACGUGUUGUCUUUGCAGAGACAGUAAAGUUCAGGCACGAUUUUCUUGGAGUUGAUCAUCAGGCAUCUGUCACUCUCUAUGGCCUAUCAGCUCAGGCCCAAGCAAAAACUGAAAUUAAGGUCACUACUGGACCUUACACUUCUACCUUUGUAAACACAGCCUUUAUUGCUAGGGAAGGGGGAAUGACUGCUUCUCUUGAUACAACAUACACACAUUUAGUGGACCUUCGAAGUGGCAGUUAUGUCAUUGUCAGAAAUGAGGUAGCUCUAAAACAGAAAUCACUUGUUCGCCAAGAUGGCUACACGCUUACUCUAACAGCUGACAAUACAGGAACGUUUAAUGGUGAUGAUAGCCACAACAGCAAGUUAGAGUUGUCAUUCACUCCCAGCAUUGUCACCAUAUCUUUCAGUGGUGACACAGACUGUUCCAUGUUAAAGAUGAAACAACAUAUUAGUGCUGAAGUUAGCACAUUUUCCUACUUCAAGUUUAAUGUUCGCAAUGAAGCAGAAGCACCAAUUAUUAAGAACAGUCUUCUUGUUGCAUCUGGAUAUGCAAACCUUCAUGACAUGAAGGUUGAGUUGAAAGCAAACAAAGACACAGAACUCUAUGGUGCAGUCACUGGUAGACUUUCCAGUGCAAUAAGCGUUAUAGCUCACCCUGGUGAGUUUUUCUUUGACUUUCAAAACAAAGGAAAUGUUAAGGUCAACAGUUUUGAAUUUUCGACUGCUAAAAUAGAACUACAGAAUGAUUACUUGGCCCACAUCAGUCCUGACAGUCAAAAGAUGAAUACAGUCAUUCUGACUCGUUUUAACCAGUACAAAAUCUUGUACAACUUCACUCUUGAAAAUAAUGUAAAUGAAGUUGGAAUCUUUGCUGCCAUGGAAAGUGAGGCCAGUCUUGACUUUCUGAAAUACCCCAUCAGUAUUCCUGAGAUUGAUCUGCCUUUUGUUGACUUUCAUACUCCUGCCAUCAAUGAUCUGAACUUGUAUGAUCAGGCUGGAUUGGAAAACAUUUUGACUACCACUGACCAGUCUCUGGAUGUGAAUACUAAGAUUAUUUACCAGAAAAGCAAGGCAGCCCCGCUUGUUGAUAUGAUGGGCUUGAUCCAAAUUCCCUGUGUGGGCAAUCUAGUAACAGAACUGUCUGUCAAGUCUGCCAUUAUUAAUCUGAUUGCUAAUGGCAGAAUGUAUACAGAAGAUGAUCUUGUGUUCCGUCUUGAAGCUACCACAACCUCUAUGUUUGAGGACCUUCAAGUCAAACUUGCUGGCACUACUAGUCUUACCACCAAGAGGGGAUUCAAGAUGGCUAACUCCCUGUCCCUAGAAAACACUCGUAUUGCAGGAACUCAUGACAGCACCAUCACUCUGAGCGCUGAUACUUAUGACACUGAAGUCUCUGUGGCAACAGUUGCAAAUAUUACCCUGCCAAUACUAGACAUGCAAGCAAACCAAAAACUGGCUGCAGACACAAAAACCAAAGCAAAUGCCAUUUCCACCUUGAGGAUAAGUGGUAAUUUGAAUAUUCCUGUGAUCAAAACUGUUGGAAGGGCUGAGGCAGACCACAGCCUGAAGCUUGAAGGAACCUCUGAUUAUAUUUCCAUGGAGUCCUUUACUAGAGCAAACAUGGAUGGCACAGUCUAUGAGGACUACCUUCUUUAUGGACUGCUAGAUAAUGAAGCUAAUGUGUUCCUGAAUAAAGACGCCCUGCGCUCAACUUCUAAAGUUAUUAUUGAUACCAAGUUUAACCAUGGUACAACCAAAGUCAUUGAUAUGGAUGUAAAUGAGAAUCUUUCCAUUGAAGCCUCCAUGAGCCAUUUGUAUGCAGUGCUGAAGUAUACUGGCAACAAUGAGGCAAACCUGUUCAACUUCAAUACCAAAGGGAAGCAUAUUGCCCAAGCCAAAAUGGAUUUUGCACCAGCCUCCUCCUUGACUGUUGAUAUUGACAUUGACGUGUCUCAGCCAACCAACAUGGGUGACUUUGCUUUCUCUGAGAAGACUGUUGUUGAAGUAACAGCUGCCAAGCAGCACAUCUUUACUAAUUCUACACUUGUCAGCCCACUGUACACUACAAGCAUGGCAGCUGCAGUAGAAAGCCGUGCUCCUGUCAUCACAGCAGUUGCUAAGUCCUCUGCAACCUCUGCUUUUGUGAUCUUGGAAUACAACAUGGAUGCUUCUUCUACUGUAAACUUUGAGAAUGAAGCUUUCAACAUGAUUAACCAAAUCACACUGACACAUGCUGACCUGACCGUGAAUGUCAACCAUGCCAUUAUGGAAGCUAUGAGUGUUCAACAACAUGCACUGAAUGUGGACUUCACCAGUCAUACUUUCACUGAUGUGAACCUUCAAUAUGCUACACACAGCGAUGGUAUCAGUGCCUCAGUAUCUUCUCCAGCCACUGGCCUUCUGGGCCUUCAGUUCAGUCGUGCAGUCCCAUCCCAGAUGAGUGCAAAAGUCUAUGGCCGUUACCUUUCUGCCCCAGAGGUUGAUGUUGACAUCUUGGUCAUCAGAUCUACUCCCAAGGAUAAUGACAAGAUGAAUCUACAGAUUGUUUACAACAUGGAGACACCUACAGCAAUACUCUCUCUGAUCAAGAUGAGACUUCCUUCCAUAAUCUCAACAUUCAAAGAGUUUACUGACAAGUAUCAGUUCACAGGGUACAUGGAGAUGUUAAAGGACUCUGUCAUUAACCACAUCAAUGAAGUCUAUAAUGCUACAACCAAUUAUGAUGUUCAAAUGAGCCAGCUUUCAAUUUUCUUCAGGAACUUCAUUGUGCAAUACCAGAAAACUGUCCAGGUCUUCCUAAAUGCUGUCAUUAAGGUCUUAAGGGAGACCAGGUUCAAAGUGCCUGGGUCAGAUGAGAUGACCACUCUCCCUGAGGUCUUAAAGAAGCUAACUAGCAGCAUUGCUGCUAUGCUAGAAGUAACCAUUCAGAUUAUCUAUGAGAACAUGGAGGCUGCCUAUAACUUUUUUGUUGAAAGGUUGAGCAAUGUGAAAAUGCAGAUGCCGGUUGGUGAUGCAGUCACUGGAGGGCAGAUCAUAGAUGAAGUCAAAAAACUUUCCAAGAAAAUCUUUGAGGAAAUUGUGAAUUUUGUAAAAAACAUGGAGAGUCUUGACACAAUGCUAGUGAAAAUAGGUGAGACCCUGGAGGCUAUUGUUGAGAAAUCGCAGGAAUUUGUAGACUCUCUCAAGUCAGACUAUUUAGAUGCAAUGUUUGUCAAUAUCAAUCAGCUCUAUCGUAACUUUGUCACGGACCUAAAGAACAUAGUUGACCAGAUCUCUGCCUUCACUAUGGAGGAGUUCAACAUGGUGUGCGAGUACAUUAUAAAUGUGUUUAUGGAUGUAGUACAUCAGUUCAAUAAUGUGGUUCAUGGGGUUCUGCAGCAAGCUUCAGAGGAAGUUCAAGCCCACGUGACAGUCAGAGAUGGAAAGCUUGAGAUUGACCUUCCAUUUCACUUUCAACAGUAAAGCAUCAAAGAGUGAAGCCUAAGUACAUAGGAAGCACUACCAUCCAUUCAGAGCACAUUCUUGGAAAGAGUACGGACAAAUAGCUUUUCAGUAUUUAUAACAAUAAGUUCAGCAAGUACACCGGCUACACCAUUACUGAA